UAUAUUUUCAGAAUCAUGGCAUACUAUAACUUUAAGAAGAUAGCUGUGGUCCCCUGUGCCAAGGACUUCACUGAUAUAGUCCUAUCGAAGACACAGAGAAAAACUCCAACAGUUAUUCACAGACAUUAUAAAAUCUCAAGAAUUCGUUCCUUUUAUAUGCGCAAGGUUAAGUUCACACAGAGCAACUUCAGUGAGAAACUAGCACAGAUCCUACUGGAGUUCCCUAAGCUUGAAGAUAUUCAUCCGUUCUACGCUGAUCUUAUAAACGUUCUUUAUGACAAGGACCAUUACAAGCUUGCUCUGGGUCAGAUCAAUACAGCUCGACAUUUGAUCGACAACGUGUCUAAGGAUUAUGUUCGACUCCUGAAAUUUGGCGACAGCUUGUACAGAUGCAAACAGUUAAAGAAGGCGGCGCUUGGUCGUAUGGCGACCAUUAUGCGUAGACAAAAUCAGUCCCUGCAGUAUCUUGAACAGGUGCGCCAACAUUUGUCCAGAUUGCCUACAAUCGAUCCUAACACAAGAACUCUUCUAAUUACAGGGUUUCCCAAUGUUGGAAAAUCAAGUUUUAUCAACAAGAUAACACGAGCAGAUGUUGAGGUUCAACCCUACGCUUUCACCACCAAAUCCCUCUACGUGGGACACACAGACUACAAAUAUCUUCGUUGGCAGGUUGUUGAUACUCCUGGUAUCCUUGAUCAUCCCCUGGAGGAGCGGAACACAAUUGAGAUGCAGGCUAUUACAGCUCUAGCCCAUCUCAGAGCAGUUGUUCUUUACUUUAUGGAUCCUAGCGAGCAGUGUGGACACUCGCUUGUGCAGCAGAAAGCUCUUUUUGACAGCAUCAAGCCACUGUUCAACAACAAACCCCUGAUUGUAGUCGCCAACAAGAGCGACGUGUUGGCCAGGACAGAGCUAACUGAGGAGAAGGAGAUAAUCUACAAAGAGAUUGAGAAAGAGAUAGGACGAGAUAUCCUGGAGAUGUCAACGGUUACGGAGGUUGGAGUUAUGGACGUCAAGACCAAUGCCUGUGAGCUGCUGUUGCAACACAGAGUUGAAGCCAAGUUCCGGAGUAAGAAGGUUGAUGGAAUCCUGAACCGUCUCCACGUAGCUGAACCUGCACCUAGAGACUCGAAAUCUAGGCCAGCGUUCAUACCACCAGCAGCUGUCAGGAAACUUCAAGAGAAGCUUGAGAACAAGAUGGAUGAGGAUGAGGAGGAGGGAGAUGAUGAUGAAGAGAAGGCUCCAAGAUGGAAGUCUGAGAGACAGAUUGAAUUGGAACAAGGAGAUGACUAUAUUCUGGAUCUUAAGAAGAAAUAUCUUAUCCCUGACGACCAGAAAUACGACAUUAUCCCUGAGACAUGGGAGGGACACAACAUCGCAGAUUUCAUCGACCCCGACAUCAUGGAGAAGCUGGAUGCCCUGGAGAGGGAGGAGGAGGAGAGGGAGAAGGCAGGAUUCUAUGACAGUGAGGAGUCCGAGGAGGAUGAAAGUUACGCUGAGAUCAAGGAGCUGGCUGGCAAGAUUAGAUACAAGAAGGCCUGCAUGAAGGAGGAACAGAUCAUUGAUAACACGACGAAGUCGGUUAUGCCAAGGAACACACUGGCGAAGAAGAGAGAGAGGAGCGUGAGCAGGUUGAAGAGAGAGUUCGAGGAUCUUGGAGUGGAUAUGAAGGAUACUAAGGGAGCACAUUUUACAAGGACGAAUGAAAGGAGCUUGAGCAGGAAAAGGCUGAAGGUCGAUGAUGGAUCUAGCCGCAGGGCCAGGAGCUCAAGUAGAAUGCCUAGAGAUCAGUCUGGAGUGAAGGAUGCUGUGCAGGUUAAGAAAAUCAAGAAAAUUCAGAAUAAAACGAGGGAGAAAAACUUCUCAAUGCACGGGAAAGCCGGAGAAUCGGACAGAGCUAUCAAAUGCAAGAUGCCAAAACAUCUCUUCGCUGGAAAACGCGGGAACGGGAAAACGGAUAGAAGAUAGAUGUUUCAUCAACCAUCCAGAUCUAAAUUCUAAAAUUUAUAUUAAAAUUUGUGAUAUAAUAACUGUUGCUAAUUUCUCUGUCUAUUUCAGAA